GUAUAUUUAAGUCGACUGUCAAGCACACAGUUGACCCGAACUGACUUGAAAGACGCAGUUGAACGUUAAUUCUGACCAUUUUAGUGCGAUGUGGUGGCUGUUGUCUUGUUUAUCGGCAUCGAGCCUCUCAGUCUGAAAUGUAUCUCAUCGGUUAUGUGCCCGAAACUUCGUUAUAUACGUUAUUUAGCCGGUUGUCCUGCUGAUAAACAAGCUUGUGUCGUUGCUGGAAAGCUAUCCUAGCUAGUUGAAAAUGACUGUUCCAGCUUUGCACAGCACCGGUGUGGUUUACAGGAGGAUUUUGUCACAGUUCCCUCAGGAUAUCAGUUUAGCUUUUGCCUAUGGAUCUGGCGUUUUCAAACAACACGGGACCAGCCAAGGUCAAAUGGAGAAGAACAUGCUGGACUUUGUGAUUGCGGUGGACGACCCAGUGACGUGGCACACCAUGAAUCUGCUGCAGAAUCGCAAACACUAUUCCAUCCUCAAGCUGCUGGGGCCCACGAUGAUCAGCUCCAUACAAAAUGAACACGGGGCUUCGGUGUACUACAACACACUGGUGCCUGUGGACGGGAAGAUAAUCAAAUAUGGUGUGAUUAGUACAGAGGCUCUGAUAGAUGACCUAAUGCACUGGAAGACCAUGUAUGUUGCUGGACGCCUCCAUAAACCGGUAAAAAUGCUGGCGCAGAGUGAGAACGGGAAGCUCCGCGCUGCUCUGGUGGCCAACCUGAAGAGUGCUGUGACAGCCUCCUUCCUCAUGCUGCCAGAGAGCUUCACCGAGGAAGACCUGUUCCUGCAGAUAGCCGGUCUCUCUUAUGCCGGGGAUUUCCGAAUGGUGAUUGGAGAAGAUAAAUCCAAGGUGGCCAAUAUUGUCAAAGACAACAUUCAGCACUUCCGGAUUCUGUACAGUAACAUCCUGCGUGACUGCCCUCAGGUGGUGUACAAACCACAGCAAGGAAAACUAGAGGUUGACAAAAGCCCAGAGGGCCAGUUUAUCCAGCUGAUGGCGCUGCCUCGGACUCUGCAGCAAAGGAUCACAAAGCUGGUGGAUCCUCCAGGGAAAAACCGAGACGUGGAGGAGAUCCUGCUGCAGGUCGCUCAGGACCCAGACUGUGGAGCUGUCAUACAGCAAGGUAUUUCAUCUAUUGUGAAAACCUCCAGUAUAACACAGAGCAUCAAAGGCAUUGCCACAGCUGGCAUGUGGAAGACGGUGUCGUACAGCUCAAAGAAACUGAUGAAGAUGUGGAAGGGUUGGAGGAGGAAGCCGUCUGUCUCACAGAUGUCCUGAUUCUGUCCGUCUCCCAGAAGCCUGUCUCCCUCUAUAACUGACAGCCUCUCCUUUGAGUUCAACCCUGAAACAAACUGCGGCUGGAGCCGUCGCGCGCUCGCCUCCCUGGUUCUAUCACGCUGCUAUCCUCUCACUUACCAGAUGAAAGUCUGUGUUUGAAUAGUGUAGAACUGUCUGUACAACUGCCCUUUAUACACAGUUCAUAAAAGUAGGAGAAAAAGCGGGUGACAUUUCACCAGGCUGACUGAAUUAUGGCUGACAUUUAAUGGUGCUACAGACUGGACCUUUCUGAAUAAUGACUACAGUGCCUGGCGAAGGAACUGCUGAAUUGGCUACGUCUGGAGCCACAGCACACAGUGAGUGAGCACAGCCUGCCACAAGUAUAAUGCAGAAACGACUUGUGUGUCACCUGCCACCUUUUGAAUAACGCCAAGUGUUUCUGUGCAUUUUCGAUGCGAAUGGAGCUAAAGCUAUGAGCAAAGAUGAUGGAUACCUAAGAUGCUGAAAGACAAUAUCUCUGUAUUACCUUCUCUGUGUUGAGAGUUUACCUGUGGACUGGUGUUACAUUUAACGCGCACACUUGUCAUCCUCAUCUUUUAACCGCGUUUGUUAUGUCAGUAUUCACAGAGGUAUAAAACAGGAUCACAUUUAUUUUCUGUUGAAGUGUUCCCUCAUUGUUAACCUGUUUCUCUUCACCUCGCUGCCACAUUGAAGGUCUUCAAUGGGAAAAUGCAUUGAUUCACAAUGACUUGCUGUGGGAUGACAGUAAUAAACUAUUUGAUACAACA